GCAAGACGCCACCACCACCACAAAACCGAUUCCCUACUCCGCGAAUCCGUCCCCGAGAACGCGCGCGCCAUGAGCGCCGCCGUAGCAGCCUCCUCGGGCGCCCCCGCCGCCGACGUCGAGAAGGGCGCCGCGGCCGCAGACGCCAACGUCGACGGCGGCGGCGCCCCGGCGGCGGCGGCGGCGUCGGGCGAGGGCGUGGUGAGCGCCGUGGUGCGGCGCUGGCGGCGGCAGGACCUCCUGGAGAAGUCCGGGUCGGCGCUCCGCGUCGCCGCGUGGGCCUUCUCCCUCCUCGCCUUCGUCGUCAUGGGCGCCAACGACCACGGCGACUGGAGGCAGUUCGAGCACUACGAGGAGUACAGGUACGUGGUCGCGAUCGGGGUGCUCGCCUUCAUCUACACGACGCUGCAGCUGGUGCGGCACGGCGUACGGCUCACCGGCGGCCAGGACCUGCAGGGCAAGGUCGCCGUACUCGUCGACUUCGCCGGAGAUCAGGUGACGGCGUACCUGCUGAUGUCGGCGGUGUCGGCGGCGAUCCCGAUAACGAACAGGAUGAGGGAAGGCGCGGACAACGUGUUCACCGACUCGUCGGCGGCGUCCAUCAGCAUGGCCUUCUUCGCCUUCCUCUGCCUCGCCCUCUCCGCCCUCGUCUCCGGCUUCAAGCUCGCCAAGCAGACCUACAUCUGAUCUGAUGGGAUCCAUCCAUGUCGAUCGCCGUCGUCUGAUCCUGUUAUUUGUACAGCUAGUUGAUUGUUGGUUUCUUCAUAGUGGUGGUGAUGAUGUGGUAUACUCGUGUGGUACAUACGUACACGUACGGCUUUGUUUCUUGUUUAUAUUUGGGACUGGAAUCGGCCGGUGGGGUUAAUUUGCGUGUUUAGGGGAGGAUAUUGAUCGAUUCAUUUCAUUGGAUGAUUUGAUUGUCUUGCAUGUGUUUAAUUAGGCGUAUAUAUGUAAUAGCAAACCGAAUAUUAAACUUGUACUUCAUUAUGUGAUUAUAUACAACAAAUUGGAGACGUCA